AUGCAGGGAACUCCGAUGGGACCACCAAUCUCCGGCUACCUAGCUGAGGCGGUUCUACAAGAACUGGAAACACGGGUCUUUCAGUCCUACAUGCCAAAAUUCUGGAUGCGCUAUGUGGAUGACACCUUUGUCAUCCUACCUCGAGACAUGAAAGAGACGCUCAGAAGCAAAUUGAACUCAAUUUUCCCCCAAAUUCAAUUCACAAUGGAGGAAGAAAAAGACGGAGAAAUCCCUUUCCUUGAUGUCCAGGUGUCGAGACAGGAAGACGGAGCCCUCCAAACUGGUGUCUUUCGAAAUGCGACCGAUACGACGAAAAUCCUCCAUUACAGCAGUAACCACCCCUUGUCACAUAAGCGCAGUUGCGUGCGGGCACUCUUCCUACGCAUCAACACAGACUGCAGCACAGAGGCUGAAAAGUUGCGGGAGCGUAAAUCCCUAUGGCAUCUCUUUCUCUCCAAUGGGUACCCACGUAGCUUCACAAACAAAUGCCUGUAUCAAAGGCACACGAAGACCGACAGUGAACAAAAACAAAAACCUGAAUUCUUCCGUGCUUUGUCCUACGUGAGUGAAGCCACUGAACGCAAGCUCAGACCACUCAACGUGGGCCUUGGACACCGGCCGGAGGUCACUAUCCGCCGCUUACUCAUGCAGCCCAAGGGGCGGCUACCACCUGAGGACACGUCAGGAAUUGUUUACCGCGUCAACUCUCUAGACUGUCCGGCCAAUUAUUGUGGCAUGACCGACAAACGAUUAAGGUCGCGCAUGCAUGAGCAUUCUCUAGCUGUAAAGCGAAAAGAGGCACGAUCGCAUGUUGCUAUGCACAGCCUCGAAAAUGACCAUCAAUUCGGCUUCGACACGGCAGAAGUAAUCGGCCGAGCCGAAAGUAAAAUGGCGAGAGAGAUAGUCGAAGCCUGGCAAUCCAACGCCAACUCGAUCAACCGUAGAAUCGACCUACCGGCGCCAUAUGAGGCCGUCAGACACCAUUUGGGCAGGAAGGGAGGACCAAUGGGAAGAGAGAACAAUGGACCUAUCAGUAGUGAGUAA